GAUGGAGAGGGUGUUGUUGCGGGGUGGUGGUUUUCCCACAUCCGUCCGGGAAAAAAAAAUCCCCAAAAGUCAACUUUAUCUCAAGUUACAGUAGUAUUCUGACCAAAAAAAAUGUUAGCGCACGCUCAAAGGCUAUGAGGCUAACUGGUGUUAGCAGCCCGGCGUUGGAAGUUAGCCUGUGGAGCCGCGCAACGGGCUAACUUCACCGCAGCGUCAGGUUAGCCGGGUGCUUAGCAUCGCUGCCGUUAACCGAACAGAGACCAGGUUUGCGUGACAGGCUCGGCCGUUGGCGGCAGCCUCCGAUAACGGCUUUCUGAUUGCUCUCCAGCCGUUCACCGACAAGGGAUUCAGUAGUUUGAUUCAGCCUGCCCACACGUGUUACUUUGGCUCCGAACAAAGAGCCUGUAGCGCUGACGUCCAGCAUUCCAGUAUGAUUCCCUGGCUUUGGUGGAGGUGAGGAAGCAUGGCGUGGAAAUCUGAGGCGGCGAGACGAACGUGACGACAGUAUGGUUGAUGGUGGAGAAGCUCAAAAUGGAAAAACGCCCGUGCAGGGAGGAGAACAUUGACUCAAGCGAGGCCCGGCAUGCCAGUGACGACUCCGAGGACGCAAGCAGCUCCGAAAGCGAACCAGAGGAGCAGCAGCAGCAGCACCAGAGGGUUCGGCUGAGCAGCAGGUGUAAGAAGAGGGAGCCUCUGGCCGUCGCCAAGCCCCACCGACAGCUCUGUCGCUCGCCGUGCCUCGACCGGCCCAGCUUUUCGCAGGGCAGCACCGCUCAAGACCUCCGCGAUGACGACGGCAGCGCAGCCGCCACCAGGCUGGCCAGCGACCGCGAGUACCAGACCAAGAUGGACUUUGCGUUGAAGCUGGGCUACUCGGGGGAGCAGGUGGAGACGGUGCUCCACAAGCUGGGGGCCGCUGCGCUCAUCAACGACAUCCUCGCCGAGCUGGUGAGGCUCGGGAACAAAGUGGAGCCGGAGGUCCAGCCCUGCAGCGGCGCCGCAGCGUCCAUGUCGCGGCCCCCCUGUGUGAAAGAGACCGUCAGCCCCGAGGUGUCGGUGGAGGAUGACUCCCCGGAUACGUUUGACAACCUGCGGCCCAUCGUCAUCGACGGCUCGAACGUGGCAAUGAGCCAUGGAAACAAAGAGGUGUUCUCGUGUCGUGGGAUCCAGCUGGCUGUGGAAUGGUUCUUGGAGAAAGGACACAAGGACAUCACCGUGUUUGUCCCCGCAUGGAGAAAGGAGCAGUCGAGGCCCGACGCCCUCAUCACAGAUCAGGAAAUAUUACGCAAGCUAGAAAAAGAGAAGAUCCUGGUUUUUACCCCAUCUCGGAGAGUUCAAGGCCGGAGGGUGGUGUGCUACGACGAUCGCUUCAUAGUGAAGCUGUCUUAUGAUUCUGAUGGAAUUAUUGUGUCAAAUGACAACUACAGGGACUUGCAAAAUGAGAAACCGGAGUGGAAGAAGUUCAUAGAAGAGCGCCUCCUAAUGUACUCAUUUGUCAACGACAAGUUCAUGCCGCCCGAUGAUCCCUUGGGACGACACGGUCCGAGCUUAGAAAACUUCCUCCGCAAGCGUCCUGUGGUUCCAGAGCACAAAAAACAACCCUGCCCCUAUGGGAAAAAAUGCACGUACGGACACAAGUGCAAGUACUACCACCCAGAGCGCGUCAACCACCAGCCGCUGCGGUCGGUGGCCGACGAGCUGCGGGCGUUCGCCAAACUGUCGGCGGUGAAGACGAUGAGCGAGGGGGCUCUGGUGAAAUGCGGUGCCGGCCCGGCGGUGGCGGCCGCCGCCAAGGGCGACGGCCCCUCCGAGGUGAGGCGCGUGGCACCCAAGCGCCAAUCCGACCCCAGCAUCCGCCCGGUGGCCUGCGAGACUCCCGCGGCGCUGUCUGUUGCCAGGAAGUCCGAGGCCAAUUCAGUGCCUUCCCUCGUGUCUGCUCUCAGCGUGCCCACCAUGCAGCCCGCCAAGAGUCACGCGGCCGGGGCCUUGAACACGCGAUCGGCCAGCAGCCCGGUGCCCGGCUCUAUGCAGUUCGGCCACAGCUCCCUCGAGCACAUGUCCAGUGUACAGUACCCCCCAAUUUUAGUGACCAACAGUCACGGCGCCUCCAUCACAUACGGGGAACAGUUCCCAAAGUACGACUCGGUGAGCGACCACGGGUACUACUCGGUGCACAGUGAUUUCUCCAACAUGAGCAUGAGCAGCAUGCACAAUGUGGACAGUUUCUGUAGCAUGGAGCACGAGCACGGCGUGUAUCAGAGGAAUCCCAGCCACUGCCUGGAGUCCUGCCUCAGCCAUUCAAACAGCGACUCCUUCUCCUCCUACGGGGACAUGUACCCGAGCUCCGUGGACAGCAGCUUGGAGGAGAGCAUGAAGGGCCAGCAGCAGCCCACCGCGCAGGGCCGGAUGCAGGCUUUCACCCACGGCUUCCGACACGAAGCGCUGACUAGGGUGCAGAGCUACGGGCCCGAGGAGCCCAAGCAGGGCCACCGCAAGCAGCCCGGCUCUCGUCUGGCCCCGCACAUCCAGCACGUGGCGGUGGGGGCCCGGUCCAGCUGUCCCGGGGACUAUCCCCUCACUCAGAACGUCCUCCCGCCUUUGUCCUCGCAGCCCACGCGCUCCCUCGGCAUGACUCGCAUGGACAGCAUAUCGGAUUCACGGCUGUACGACAGCAACCCGAUGAGACAGAGGCGACCUCCGCUGUGCCGCGAGCAGCACGCAAGCUGGGACCCUCUUCCCUGCGGGAACGAGUCCUAUGAAUAUCACUCGUACCCGCUGAGCAACAACCUGAUGCCGUGCUGCGAGCGAGUGAUGGUCCGUAGCAUGCCGGACAAAAUGGAACAAAUCUGGAACUCGCCGUGGGAGAUGCCGUCCGCGGCCGAGCACCAAGAGCGGUACGUCAUCCCAGACCACCAGUAUCAAACAUAUCGGAACCUUUGUAACAUCUUCCCCGCUUACGUAGUCCACUCGGUAAUGGAGAAGAACCCUCAUUUGACAGAUCCGCAACAACUCGCUGCCAUCAUUGUUACAAAACUGAGGUCAUGCCAUUGAGCAGUUAUUAUUAAACAUUCUAUAAUAAUGUGAUACGGGGAAAUUCAGAUUUUGAUAGGCCCUUGCUGCAUGUGCAACAUCUGCCCUCAGGAGUUUUUUUUUCUUUUAUUUUUUUUUAUAUGUGGGGAAAUAAUAUUUUACAUCUCUAAGAUGACAGAAGAAAUCAGCAUAGAGGAGGUUUGUCCAAACAGUUUAUCUGAAAUUGUAAAAUGUUUCAUAGCUACGUUUUUAUAUAAAGUGUGUUAGAGUAAAGCUUAUUAGAAGUUUGCUUCAUAGCACAUUUAUACCACCUGAGCAGGAGCUGCAUACCCGCUCUGUACCAUAUGCAGAAUUAGUUUUUGUUCGAAUUCUGCAAAAUAUAUACUGUAUUAAAGAACACCAACAUUUAGCAUGGUGGUUAAAUGUCCACCGGAUCACAGAGCGGUUGGACAGCGGGUGUCUUUUGAUUUGAUUUAUUACAGUAUGAAAAGGAUGUGUGGAUAUCCAGACUCUUCGGCAAUGAAACAAUCUAUGAAUUUAUUCAAGAAAUAUUUGGUUUUGAUUUUUUUUCUAUUUCUAAAUUCCCUUCAAGAAUAGGUUUUAAGGUUUUCAUUUUUUAUCACAUUAGUGCAUAAUUUCCUGUAACAUUCACAAUUCUUAAUGUCAAUUCUAAUGACGAUGGUGAUGUCACUGGCCUGUUACUCAAUCAGGAGCCUCCUGACCUGCCUCUAGCUAUGAACUUUAACAACCGUGCCAUUCUGACCAGCCAGCGUUAUAGCAACAACCAUGAUAAAGUUAUUAUGAACUAACUAAUUUGGGCCUGACCUGAAAUAUACACAGAAACUAUGUUCUCCUUUUUAUUUAUUUAACUUAGUGUGGCGGGCCUGCUAUACAGGGAUUCUUUAUUACUCCUCAUCAAAGUGUGUUUACGGCAGCAAGUCGGCUGUGUUUUGAGUCACGUCGAUGCCGAGUAGUAAUCCAGCAUGCGUGUAGAUGGGUAGUAUCAUCCUUAAUCACUAAAAAGACCUUUAGUUACUGUCAUCACUUCGUUAGAGUCGACUUGGCAUUUUGUUGAUUUAGGUGCAACAACAACGACAACUUUGUGUUGACUGGUCAAAUCUAGAAGCAAUUGUGAAGUAAAAACAGACUUUUGAAUAAACCUAUUUAUGAUACAACUCAAUAUUCCUAAAAGUAUUUUUACAAUAGAAAUAAUGUGUUAAUACUUAAUUAACCAACAAUUUGUUUAUUCAUUUAAUAAAUGUUUAACAGCGUUUAACCCAUUUAAACCCCAUUUACAUUUAAUUAACUAAUACUGACUAACAGUAGUGACUGGCUGGUUCACCAAUACAAUUGAAUAACUUUUAUCAUAGUCUUAAUAAUAUAGUAAUCCAGUUUAAAUCUGAGCACAAUCUCUCUUUUAUGAAGCUCUUGUUCAGGCUGUGAACGUGUUAUGAAAGGAAUCUAGUGUGUUUCUGGUGCAGUUGAACUAUAAAUAACCUCGCUUAGGUCUGCCUCUGCUGUAAAUAAUUUGUGACUUUUAUUUUAAAGAUAAGAGAGCGAGGUAGUGACAUACCUCACAGCAUGAACUAUGACAUUUAAUGGCCUUAUAUCUGAAUGACCUCACGCUUUAGUCAUUGUCUGUUUCAAUGAAAGUCUUUGUCGUUGAAGCCUCCUAUUUUCAAAUGUAAAGCACUAUCCCCGUAUCUAAAGGGAUAUAUUUUCUCAGCUUCACUUAACAAAGCUACUAUUUUGGUAGAAUUUAACAGUGCACAAAGCAAGCCAAAAAAGAGAUUUGACUUAUAUACACGUGCACAUACUGAUGUACAUAUAAUCACACGGAAGCCAUUGUUUCAAAGUCAUUUAUAAGCUGCUAAAUAAUGCCAAAAAAAGAUAGAGACUUUAUAUAGUGUCAGUAUUCUACAUACCUUGGAAGCAAUUGGAUUACAGCAUUAACUAACUGGGUUAAUUUCCUACAGUGCUCUGUAUAGUUAUCUUUCUGAUUUUAUUGGAUGCUACUUCCAAGAUUUUCAUAUAUAUAUAUAUAUAUAUAUAUAUAUAUAAUUUGUCAUCUGUUGUGCUGAUUCUUUUUCAAUGUGAAAAUAUUCAAAGUAUCUUUGUUUCAAACAGUAGCUCUAAUGGACUUCUCCGCGUUGUCAGAAGAGCAGUGUGUUUUCGGGAGUGGGUUCAUGUCGUUUACGUGCAGAUCAGCAGUCUGAUAAUUCCUCAUACAUCGCGUGAGAAAUUAGACUCUUAUCAGUGUAAAGCACGAAGAGAAACUGGGUUAAACAUCCCAGAUUUCAUUUAUACACUUUGUAAAGGAUCGGGUUUGUUUCUUUACGUGUGCUAACGUGCACGACAAAGACCUGGGAAUUGGAAGGUGGCGGUGGCAGUAAUCUAGCAGGAUUAAAGAAUAUUAAGUAAAGUAAAUGCUUUAGUCGAUUAAAUGAUCUUUGCCCGUUUCCACAGAUGAAUGGUGCACUUUAAACACGCACGCAGGAAAAGACGUCUGCCAUCAGCACAGAUGCUAUAACAAAAAAAGAAAACACAAUACAGAUGUGACAGUGUCCUAUGGUUUAUUGCAUAAUAUAUCAGAUACACGUAGCUUGAAAUCUAAUUCCAAUUUAGAAAUUGACCGUGAUGUGAUAGAAAUGUGCUGUCGGAGAUGGAAACCAUGUUUUCCAUCGCUGUUAAAAUGCAGAGAACUGAACACUCACCCGCCGUUCUCUUUGGCGGA